AUGUCUGAACCAAAAGCCAUCAUCUGCACAGGCCCCGGCAAGCUUGAGAUCCAACCCGUGGCCAAGCAACAGCUACCGCCGGGAUACAUUCUAGUCAAGACCAAGGCCGUCGCCCUCAACCCGACCGACUGGAAGGCCAUCCAUGAUCCGUCCGGAUUCGCGGCCGGGACGCGACCGGGCGUCGACUUUUCCGGAAUCGUCGAAGAAGUCGGGCCGGAUGUGAAGAAGAAUUUUAAAACGGGCGAUAGAGUGUGCGGCAUCGCCUUUGGAGCCAAGGACCGUGAGCAUGGCGCCUUUGGCGAGUACACCAUAACCAAGGAGCACGUCGCCGUCAAGAUCCCCGACCACCUCAGCUUCGAGCAGGCCGCCACCCUCGGUGUCGGCGUCACCACCUGCGGCCAGGCCCUCUACCAGCUCCUCAACCUGCCCCUGCCUUCAUCCACCUCCGCCGCCGCCGGUUCUUCACCACAGACCAUCCUCAUCGGCGGCGGCAGCACCGCCACCGCCGUCCUAGGCAUCCAGUACGCCGCGCUCUCCGGCCUGCGCGUGCUCGCCACCGCCUCGCCGCGCCACCACGCCUACCUGCGCUCCCUCGGCGCCUCCGCCCUUCUCGACUACCACGAGCCCGCCGAGACCCUCGUCGCUGAGAUCAAGGCCCUCGUCGGGGACGGCCUCACGCUGACGUGGGACUGCGCCCCCGGCGACGGCAAGUUCCCGGAGGUGGCGGCGCGCGCGAUGAGCGCCUCCAAGGAGGGCAUCUUCGCGACGGUGGCGCCGCUGACGCCAAGGGACUCUCUAAGGGAGAGGAACCCCAUGGUGGAGGCGCGCUUUCAGCUCGGGUACACGGCGUUUGGCGAGGCGUUUGAGCGCGGCGCGAACAAGUUCCCGGCGUCGCAGGAGGAUGCGGAGUUUGCGGCGGCGUUUUGGGAGAGGAGCGCGGGGUUGCUGGCGGAGAAGAAGCUGCGGCCGAUUGAGCCGACGGUGGACAGGGGAGGGAAGGGGCUGCAGGGCGUGUUGGUCGGCCUCGAGGAGCUGCGUCAGGGAAAGGUCUCGGGCACGAAACUGGUCUAUACUUUGUAG